AUGGCCAAGAUUCAAGAGGAAGAGUUGGCAGUCGCUUUUAUUGAAUGGGUAAAUACUUUCGACAAUAUCUCGAGAACGGUCACCAAUUACACAGACCUUGUAGAUGGCAGAGUCUUAAUAGAAAUCGCUUGUGAUGUUGAUUCUCGAUGGUUUAGAUCUCUUCGUGGGGAUAUUCUCGAAGAUAUCGAUAAUUGGGUUAUCAGAUCAAACAAACUUAAAAGAUUAUAUACUCUCAUCCAACGAUAUUAUAAAGAGGUCAUCGGAUAUGACACCAAAAACCUCGACGAUCCCAAUUUACACGCGAUUGCUAACGAAUCAGAUAUUAAAGAACUUAUUAAAUUAUGCGUAAUAGUUUUGGCAUUGACCGUGCAGAGUUUAAAGGAUGUCAUCUAUAUUAAAAGAAUCCAAUCUUUAUCCGACAAUUCACAAAAAGGAUUGAUGGGGGCUAUUGAACGAGUGAUGAAAAAGUUAGAACAUGGAAUACAGGAGUCUCAGCAACCAUUUAAUGUUAAAGAAGAAUUGCCGCAGAUAAAUGUGGAACUUGCCCAAGCUAUCAGUGAAAAAGAAAUUCUAAAAAAAACGCAUCAAGCUUUGAUGGAAGAGCAUCAACAACUACGUCAUCAAUAUGAUGAUUUAAAAGUCAAGAACAAAGUUUUAUAUGCGAAGAACGAAAAUUUGCAGGCGGAGAACGAUGAAUUACAGGACGAGAACGAUGAAUUACAGGACGAGAACGAAGACUUACAGGACGAGAACGAUGAUUUAAAGCAAAAACUAGAUGAUUUGAAAGCCUCCUCGCAACAUAAGACUCAAAGUGGCAGCUAA